AUGAGCAAAUCGAUGGCUCUUCGUGAUGCUGGAAAAGACGUCAUCAACUGGCACAUAGGCCGGCCAGAUUUUGAUACGCCUUCGCACAUCAAGGAGUCGUGUUCAGAAGCUCUUCGUCAGGGACAUGUGCAUUACGCCCCCGCGGCUGGGAUUCCACAACUUCGGUCUGCGCUGGCAGAGCGCGCAUCGCAGGAGUACGGGUCGGCAGUGGAUCCAGACAGCAUCGUGGUUUGCAAUGGUGGCAUGGAGGCGGUCACCGUGAUCCUGCACACCUUCCUGAAUGAGGGUGAUGAGGUUAUCGUGCCAACCCCGAACUGGCCAAACAUGAAGUGGGCGGUGGUGAUGGCAGGUGGCAAGCCUGUGGAGGUGCCUUUGAAGAAUGGUGUCCUCACAGCGGAGGCAAUCGCUGCUGCAGUGACGCACAGGACAAAGUUUGCCGUGCUGUCUUCGCCUGGAAAUCCGCUGGGCACCGUCACUGGAUCCGACGAGCUGAAGCGCAUCAGUCAGGUUCUUGAAGAGAAGGAUCUCAUGGCGAUCAGCGAUGAAACGUACACCAGGUUGUACUACGGCGGCAGUGCCGGAGCAACCGCUCCAUCCAUCCUGGCCAUCAAAGGUAUGGCAGAGCGCUGCUUUGCCGCGAGCACGUUUUCCAAAACUUACGCCAUGGAUGGAUGGCGGCUUGGUUGGGCUCUGUGUCCGGAUGCCGCAGCUGCUGUACAAGUUGCCAAGACAAGAUACUACUACUCGGCGUGUUCUCCCACGUUCACGCAGCACGCAGGAACCACUGCCUUACGUUCUUCGCAAGACUGCGUGGCUGAAAUGCUUGCGCAAUACAACGAAAGACGAUCAGUGCUUGUUGAAGGCCUGAAGGACAUCCCUGGCAUCAACUUGCCGGGUGGUAGCCCAGAAGGUGCCUACUACGUCUUCCCGGAUGUCUCUGCAUUCGGGGAUUCGGCGGAGCUCGCUAGACAUCUCCUGGACGAGCACCACAUUGCUGUUGUAGAUGGAGGUGUCUUUGGAAAGGAAGGGAAAGGCCACCUCCGCAUAGCGUAUUCCUGCUCCACAGAGGACUGCCGGCGCGGUGUUGAGCGCCUGGCAAGGGCCCUGAGCAGACGCUGA